UUUAGCAAGCUGAUAACCGAAUCUUUAUUAAGUUUUUCGUUAAACGGUGCAUUUGAAAGAUGAGCUGCUGCUGCUCAUAUCAAUGCUUAGCACGGAAACCGAACCCCCAAACCAAAUAGAAGGGUAGAACAAAAAGCGGUAAGAAAAGAAAUUACUGUGAGCAGCGGAAAAGAGAGGCGCGGAAACACGGAGCCGCUCUUGCCCUGAGCUUGGAACCUGGAAGAACUAAGAAGGGGAAGAUAUUCCCGCCAGUGGACCCCACCCAGAAAAAGCCACCGACCUCCCCUUGUUUUCUGGACUCGAUUCUCUUGUCACUCCCCAAAUGAGCUGCAACGGUUGUCGAGUCCUCCGGAAGGGAUGCAGCCAAGACUGCGCCCUCAGAGCUUGCCUCCAGUGGAUCCAUUCCCCUCAUUCCCAGGCUCAUGCCACUCUCUUCCUCGCCAAAUUCUUCGGCCGUAGCGACCUCAUGUCCUUCAUUUCAUCUGUUCCCAUCCCUACCAGACCAGUCUUGUUUCGGUCGCUGCUGUACGAAGCGUGCGGGCGAACGGUAAAUCCCGUGAACGGCGCCGUCGGUCUCCUGUGGAGUGGUAACUGGCACGUGUGCGAAGCGGCCGUUCAGACGAUACUCGCCGGCGGCGUUCUUGGGCCGUUGCCGGAGACUUUUGAUGGAGUUCUGCGGCCGAUCUUAGGCGAGUCUUCUUCCGACAUUGGGAGAACCGUGCGCUUUCAAUCCCGGCCAUUCAUGCAAGACCUCGGAGAAAUGGAGCAGAAGUCAGCCUGGGAUCUCUCGCUGCUUUCGGAGUCUUACAGCAAGAAAAGACCUGUUACCGGGAGCGUUGCCACGGCGCUGAGGAGGCAGAGCAAUCCGACCAUGUUGCCAGUUGUUUCUGUUGAAUCGGGAAUGAGAAGUAGUAGCAGUUGCGGAGACGAGAAGAGUACGAAGCUUUUGGAUUUGUUCGUGUAAGAAUGCUCAAAGUGGGAUAGAGUUAUAUAUGAAGAAUCGAGAGGGAGAUUAGCAUAUCCGGGAAUGAUAAACGUACAAGGCAAGGCGAAUAAAAAUGCAAGGAGAAGAAAGGGAGGUCUCGCCGCCGGGAUUUUUGGUUCUGUUAAUGAAAACCGGAAUCAAUUCCGGUGAAGUUUUUUGUAACUAUUAUUAUUACUUAUUAUUAAUGUUGUUGGAACAAAAUAUUAUUAAUGUCUCUGCUGAUGUGUUGCUUUUGUUUAA